AUGUUGACCGACCUCCCACCAGAACUCCUCCUCUCGAUAGCCGACUUCCUCACCCGCCGUCGGGACAUCAAUGCCCUAGCCCAGACCAACACAUCGCUCUACAAAACACUGGACCCGUUCCUAUACCGCCGCGACGUCCAGCUGCUCCACGACUCCGCCCUCCUCUGGGGCAUAUGGAAAGGUCCCCUGCAAACGAUAGCUAAAUCCAUCGUAGCCGGCGCGGAUAUUCACACCCGCGGUGCGUACCGUCGCGGCGCACUUGCAGAAGCAGCCGUCGAGCCAAACUACGCUGCGGCGAAGCUGCUCCUCGCGGUACCGGGCAUAGACGUCAACCGCGCAGACGAACGGUUCGGUCGAUCCGCACUAUCAUGGGCGUGUGAGCGAGGCACCGAAGAUAUCGUCAAGCUGUUACUCUCCGCACCAGAUAUCGAUGUCCUGUCUGUAGAUGCGCAGGGCCAAACACCGCUCUCACGAGCAUGUUACCGCGGCCACGAAGGCAUCGUCAAAUUACUCCUCAACAUACCAGGCAUCGAAAAGAUUUGCAAUCUCAGCGACAAAGACAGACAGACGCCUCUCACACUAGCUUUGAUGCAGGCCCGUCACCACAUCGUCAGAUUACUCGUCCAACACCCUCUCAUCGACUUGAAUUCACCGGGGAAUGAGCACGGCCCGCCGAUAUACACGGCCAUAUACGUCGAGAGGGGCAUGCUGCCUGUAUUCCUGGAGGGAGAGGGCAUCGAUCUGAAUACCAGAAACGCAGACGGCCAGCCGCCGCUGUGUUAUGCCGCCAAGUACGGGAGGGGCGAUGAGGUCAAGAACUUGCUGGGCACGGGGAUGGUGCAGGUGAAUGAGGCGUGUGAUCUGGGACAGACGGCGCUGCAUUAUGCGGCCAAGUAUGGGCGGGAGGAUGAGAUUCGGAUCCUGUGUGAGGCGGGUGCUGAUUUGGGCGCGAGGGAUGCGGAGGGUCGGACGCCGGUUGAGGUGGCGGUUGAGGCGAGGAAGAAUGAUGUGGUGAAGUUGUUGAUGGAGUUUAUGUAG